AUGACAUUAACGGCCUACGGGCCUACGCAUACUUACUGCACCAUAGAUAAGGAGGAAACAAGAGCUAGUGAACUUUUGAUAAGAAAAUUAAAAGAAGAAGAGGAGUUAGAAAAGUCAAUUAUUGAAGAAAAAUUAAAAAAUGAUGAACAGGUAGCUAAACAAUUAGCAGAAGAGCUUUGUUUUGAUCCUGGACCUUCCACUUCAAAACAUUCAGAGAGGAGUUUCAAAAAAAGAGGUCCUCUGGAUACAUUUUUGAGGAAUAUGGCCAAUAAACAGCUCUCUGUCUCAUUAAAACCAAUACCAGAUGAAAAAUGUGAUAAUUAUAGAAAAAAAGAUUUUACUACACAAGUACUUUUACAAGAUAGGUCUGCUAGUCUGAUAAAAAACAAUGACAGUAUCACUUUUUAUAAGCUAAAUAAAGUUGCCAGUGAGAGACAGAGCCUUGAUUCAAAUGAUGCAAUAACUUGUGAGUGUAUAUAUUUCAAACCUAUUGAACAGAAAAAAAUUCCGCCUUCUAAAACAAUUAAAAUACUUCGAGUUCCUGCAGUUGCUGCUUUAUCAUCAUCCAGUACUUUAAGGGCACCAUGUGGACAUGUAGCAUUUAAUCACUCUGCGCUGUUAUCACCUUUUGUGAGAUUAUGCAACUCUCCAACAUUAGCAUUGUCACCUAGUCUCAAAACUGGUUUUAUGAGUAGAAAGAGAAGUAACAGUAGUUGUGAGAAGGAAGAAUCUCAGGAUAACAAAGAUAGUGCACCUUCAGGGAAAAAAGCUCGAAUACAGCUCAAUUUAAGACAGACAAGAAGUAUGACAAAAAUAAAUAGUGGUUCUGUUCCUAUAAAAUUGUACAAGAAACCAGAAAAGAGAAAGUCUCUAUUGAAAAACAUUAAAACCUCUCCUAGGAAAACUGGGAAUAAAUGCAAUGAAUCAUUUGGGGAAGAAGAGAACGAACAGGAUAAAAAAAGAUUGGACUGUGAAUUUGAUAGAAGUUUUGGUUCUCCAUUUUUAGGCUUCGAAAAGAAUUAUAAGUUUUCCUUGAAAGGAAGAAACGGAGUGAAAAACUUAAGUACCAUAUUUGAUAAUUUCAACAGUAACAAUAAGUCACUUAAGGAUGACAACUUAAAAUCAAAAUCACUUUUUGAUGAUAAAAAUAGUUCUUAUAGAAAUGGAGAACAUAAGAGCGAAAAUGCAGAAAAAAUAGGUGAUAGAAAUAAUGGAAUUUCUUUAAAUAACAUAGAACUUGUAAUAGGAGCAAAAUGUUUAAGGAGCGAAUCAACUAAAAGGAAGCUUCAAGAAGAGGAAGACUUCAAAUUGGCAAGAAAGUUACAUGAAGAGUUAAAUUAUGUCAAAUAUCCGACCAGGAACAGUAUUAGUCACAUUUCAAAAAAAUUUCCCACUCCCAGAAGGCAAAUAACGUUAUAUAAAUUUUUAGAAAAGUAGAUUUUUAAAGUUACUGGAUCGAUACUAACAUAAGUAUUAUAAUAUUAUAUAAACAAGUGUUCUAAUGUAUAUAAUAUUUUUGUUAUUAUUUUCGUAAAUUU